GUGUUGCGUCUCAGAGGUGUUACCUGCUCUCUCCUAGGGGCUGCGCUGAACGCUUGGUGCGAUGGCCAUGCAGAUGCAGUUCGAAGGCAACGCGGACACGUCAGCGGAGGAAGAGAGCUUUGGCCCACAGCUCAUCUCGAGGUUAGAGCAAUGUGGUAUAAAUGCAAAUGAUGUGAAGAAGCUAGAAGAAGCUGGAUUUCACACAGUUGAGGCUGUUGCUUAUGCACCGAAGAAGGAGCUGCUAAGCAUCAAAGGCAUCAGUGAAGCCAAAGCUGACAAAAUCUUGGCUGAAGCAGCUAAACUGGUUCCGAUGGGCUUCACCACAGCAACAGAAUUCCACCAGCGAAGGUCGGAGAUCAUCCAGAUCACCACUGGGUCCAAAGAACUUGAUAAACUUCUUCAAGGAGGAAUAGAAACGGGGUCCAUAACAGAGUUAUUCGGGGAGUUUCGUACUGGAAAAACACAGCUGUGUCAUACCCUGGCAGUAACCUGUCAACUUCCCAUUGACCGCGGCGGUGGCGAAGGAAAAGCCAUGUAUAUUGACACAGAAGGGACCUUCCGUCCAGAACGUCUCCUUGCUGUGGCUGAAAGGUAUGGCUUGUCUGGCAGUGAUGUCCUAGAUAACGUGGCAUACGCUCGAGGCUUUAACACAGAUCAUCAGACCCAGCUCCUGUAUCAGGCAUCUGCUAUGAUGGCUGAGUCACGAUACGCGCUGCUGAUAGUGGACAGUGCCACGGCCCUCUAUCGGACGGAUUACUCGGGAAGGGGGGAGCUCUCAGCAAGGCAGAUGCAUCUGGCCAGAUUCCUGCGUAUGCUUCUGCGGCUUGCAGAUGAGUUUGGUGUGGCGGUGGUGAUCACUAACCAAGUGGUAGCGCAAGUAGAUGGAGCAGCCAUGUUUGCUGCAGACCCCAAAAAACCCAUUGGAGGAAAUAUCAUAGCACACGCUUCCACCACGAGACUGUAUCUGCGAAAAGGCCGAGGCGAAACCAGAAUAUGUAAAAUCUAUGACUCUCCGUGCCUUCCUGAAGCUGAAGCGAUGUUUGCUAUUAAUGCUGAUGGAGUGGGCGACGCUAAAGACUGAAGACUCCGUUUUGCCUCCCGUGUGACCCGACGCUGAGCGUCCGUGAAAGGCUCCUUCCUCUGUGGCACCCAUCGCAGCUGCUCUUCGAAUGCCGGCAGAGGCCUCUCUCGUAUUUCAGCGUAGAGGUCCAUCAGGUGAAUACGCUUCGUGACACAGCUAGAGGUGUUUCUUGGAAGAAACCCUCCCUCUUGGGCUUUGGUCGCGUGUCAGACCCACGUGGUUCCCCAAGAACACUGUCAGAGCACCGCAGCCUUUGUAUUUUCCUCACGGCUGCUGCUCCAGCUGGAUCCUACCUGCGGACGUAGCGCAGUAAAAUCUGAGAGCGUGUGGCCGAAGUUUGUAACUUGGUGAAUUCAAAGUAGCACUGAUGGGUUCAUCAAAUAAGAAAAGUGGUGACUUAAAUACUUAAUGGAUUACUUCAGUUAGAAAACAAAGCAGAAUGGUAUUCCACAAUAAGAAUGUGAGGAUAUUGCUGGGAUACGUAUUCUUUGUGUUAGUUUUGGUUCAGGUGCUACAACAUUGUGGUUUUUGGGAACUGGCAACUUUACGUUUCAAUUACAUUUUUUUUGUAUUUCAUUAAUUCUCUGUGGAAAUCUGCUUUUAAUAAAAAGGACCAUGAAAAUAUUGACGAUGCUGCAGGUUUCUGGGAUUCGGCCAGGUGUUACUUCAGACCGAGGCGAUUUCUGUCUGCAGGCGGGGAUAAGGUGCAUAAAUCUGCAGUGAAUCUCAGCUGGGAUUUUUUGUUUCCUCCUAAUGCUAACAGAAACCGCCUUGGUUUGGGACGUGCAAUGCAACUCUGCUGUAGGUGCCCCGAUGUCUUAAGAGUUUUUUGAGGUUAAAAAGGUUCUUUUAUAUUAAGCACUAUUCUUCUGUCAGCUAUGCUAUUGUGAACUACUCUGAAUUUGAUUAAAGAGAAUAAUAUCAUA